AUGGGGGCCUGUGCUGGGAGGAGCAUGCAGCCGCUCAGAGAUGCUCAGCUGGGGGCCUUCACCUUUUUCGCCUCGGCCUUGCCCCAUGAUGUGUGCGGCAGCAACGGUCUACCUCUGACCCCCAACUCCAUCAAGAUCCUGGGCCGCUUCCAGAUCCUCAAGACGGUCACUCACCCCAGACUCUGUCAGUAUGUGGACAUCACUAGAGGGAAGCACGGCUGCAUGGAUGACAUUGUUAUCGUGCUGGCUGAGGAACAUGGAUGCCUCGAUAAAAUUAAGAUUGAGGUCGACAUUCCACGUUGUCACCAGUACGACGAGCUGCUGUCCUCCCCCCAAGGCCACAUGAAGUUCAGACGUGUGCUCAAAGCUUGGGUAGUCUCCCAUCCCAACCUCGUGUACUGGCAAGAGAUUGACAUUGAGAGAUGUGUGAGAGAAUCCAUAAGUCUUUUCUGCUGGACUCCCAAAAGUGCCACCUUCAGACAACACGCGCAGCCUCCCAGACCUCCAGGGGACAACGGCUUCGGAAAACCCAUGUCGCCAUUCUCCUCUGAUUACCAAGAUAUGACAAAGACUGAACUGUUGUCUCGAGCGGAGGAGAAGAUGAACGGUCUGGACGGUUGUUACUGUGAGAGGACGUGCAGCGUGAAGGGCUCGGUCUACAGAGAGGACGAGGGCUGGACCGACGGCUGCCGGAACUGCACCUGCUCCGUUGAAGAGUGUUAUUGCUGUCAGGAGAAAAACGCAGUUUUUGCAAGGAUGGAGGAAUACAAUUCAGAAAAUGGACAGGACGUAUCCUGCAUCACAGAGCAUGAGGGGUUUGAGUCCAUUUGCUUAGACCCGUGGUCACUGGAGAUGGCAUAUAUGUACCUGAAAGCUGAUGGCCAAGUACUUCUCGCCAGCCAGUAG